AUGCAGCACAGCUACUCCUCCUCUUACCAGCAAGGCUCACCAAGCCAUGCCUCUUCCGAGAGCGAAGAUGGACCACCUCCCGUCCUAGCGCGAUUCUUUUAUCCGUCCUCUUGCUCCAUUGACGACUCUUUCUCCCCAGGCACCUCGGCAGCCGCCUCAUCCGAGCCGAGAUAUGUUAAGGCACAGUACCAGCCUUUCUCCUGGACGGACAAUCACAGGCUUGAGAGAGCAUGGCGCACUCUCGUUGACCCUAUCCACCAGAGCGCGCACUCUCUUGCACAAAAUUGCGUUUCAGGUCCUAGUCUGGCGCAGGACUUCGCUGACAUCCUCUCACACAUCACCAAAUACAUAGCUGCGACUCAUGAUGCAAAGCAUGGGCCUAACUUACAGCUAAGCCAUAUGAUACCCGAUGGCAUCUUAGCGGGCGGCCCUGCCGUCUCGGCCCUUGUGUGUUGCCCCGAAUUGUACUUCGAUGUCGAAAAUGAGAUGCGUGAGGCGUUCUGUCCGCGCUUUAGGAGCACUCAGGGCGAGCUAAGUAUUGAUAGCGUUGUUCGGAAAGUCGUGGCGACCUUGAAGGGCCUCAGAGGUGGCCCUAACCUAAUGGCAGGUCCGCAUCAUACCGAUUCCAAGCCUCGAUGCAAUAUGCCGGAUGAUGAGGCUAACCCUGCACCUGGGGGCUAUAAUCCCCGAAUGGCGAGGGCUGGUAUUGACGCAAACCUAAUGGAGCCCAGAGCUGGCCCCAAGGAAGUCGUCGUGGGCGCAUCCCGGUUACACACCGUAUCACUUCCGGCUCUAGAAAUGAGGCCUAUUUACUGGUCCCCAGUUAAUGAUAGAGCCGUAGUUCUGCGAGCAACAUGGUUUUAUAAGGAUACCAUGCAGCCAAUUCCGGUCGAGGUUGCGAACCGGCUUGAAUCAACCUACAGAGAGCUUCAGCCCUGGACUGAAACAUGGGCCGACGAGUUGCGGUGUGCUGUGAAUGUUGGGCCACUCGGUGAGGAGAAGGUCUCAUGUCCCCUUUGGCCACAACUGCCUUCCAUGUCUCAAGAACCUGGCCUAGAAGAUCCCCCUUCAAUAACGGAUCCCUCUUGCGCCGCCCGGUGCUUCAAUAGCGAGCUUUCAGCCGAAGGUCGGUUGAAUAAAUUGGGGGAUGAGAUGAAUAAGCAAGUUGCAACCCCGGCCACGCCGCCGUUCGCGAACUAUCACAUCAUUUUUAAGGGUUCUCGACUCGCAUUCCUGCUCAAGCCAAGUCUUAAGCCAUCCGCCUACUAUGGUCGGCGCCCCGUUGCAAAGAUCAUGAGAGGUUCAACUGUAGGCAUUCCUGUCAUACGAGGGUUUGGCCAGAAGUUUGCUGAGAGGGUUGAGAGUUUCCAUUUCACGCAUGCCAUCAAUGCAUUUCGACGCGCUGUCAACCUUGAACUUGAGAGUCCCGCGGUCAAGACAGCCCUCCGAGAAGAGGGUACCGGAAUUAUGGUUUUGCCUAUAAACUGGCGUCAAGAUCUAUCCUUCGAAGAUGGCGGACCCAUGACAGAGGCGGAUCGAAUGGCAAGGGCUCAGGAGGCCUUCGGUUUGAAGGAUAUCGAACCGGCCACGAUCCCAGCCGCCGAUGCUGAUCGAGCAGAUGCUAUGGCCAAAGAUAUCACCGGGGAAGCAGGGACUCUGGGUUGUCUAGCCAUCGAUAACGUUUACAACAUUCUUGCGAAAGAGGAUCCUAUAGCCUACUUGUUAAAUGGUACGAUAGACCCUUCCUACGCCGCAAAUCUGAGUGUAGCGUAUGCCCCAAGCACAGCCGCCUCUUUCGUUCAGACCGUGGGAAAUGCUAUGCGUAAAUAUCUCCCAUUCGAUGGACCUAAAAAGAAGCACCACCUAAUUCCCAAGCGAAACCGGCUGUUCAUCGACUACCAUCACAGCUUGAAUUGGAGGUUCAUGAUUUUCCUAGAGAAGACAUUGCGGAACGGAAAGCCUACCUCCUUAACGACAAUGGGCAGAUCGACUACUAUCUCCAUUCUGGCGGUGGGCCUCUGGAGAUCCAAUAUCUCAAUAUGCUGGGAGCGCAUAGUUCGUACUGGCUUCACAAGGACUUUAUUCGCCUAA